CACUACUACUGCUACUGAUUUUUUCUAACAGUAGUGUGUUCCUCUUCAUUGGCACCUGCAGUCUUGGUCUGUUCAUAAGCAGUAUCUUCCCCUGCAUGCUUGCACUCACCGAAGAUAUCCUAGAAUACAAAGGUUGUGCCACUACAGUCCUGGUGACCAGUGCUGGGAUAGGGGAGAUGUUACUACAGGUGCUCAUAGGAUCGGUGAUGCACAAUCGUGGCAGUUUCAGUUUCCUGUUGUGUGGAAUGAUCUUUGGCUGCAUGGGAUUCAUUUUCUUCAUUUUGCUUUUCUUCGUCCAGCACAAUCACAAAAAAUCCAUGGAAGUUUUACCAAAUAAUUCCCCUGUGGAAAGACUUGAGGAGAAUGGGAUCAAAACCUGCCCUGGUGCAAUACUGAACUCAUGGGAAAUCUCAGAGCGAAAAGCAUCAAUCGAACCCGAGCAAUGACAGUCUGAGACUAUCCAAACAGAACAUUGAUGCAGAGAGGACAACAGUAAAGGGAUGGAGUCGUUGACUCUGGGCACUUUCGAGAUUCCCAUUGCUAAAUGAACUGCAACAAUCAAAUAUAUUCUUGGACAAUGAUGCAAACCAAUAAUAAUCUACAACUUCGGAUGGACAGCAUUUUUGGCCACCAAGGAUGCUGGUCCUUCUAUCAGAGUGUUAAAAAGAUUUACUGAUGAUAAAUGAACAAUGAAAUGUGUUAUUGCACAAACGUCACAAUUUUAUCAUGUUAAAUGGAAUGGUAACUUAGUCAAAAUAAAUUGUGGAAUAGAAAUUGAAUUGUGCUCAUUGGUCAGCCUUUUUCCAACAAUCAGCACUUGAAUUUUAGUGGUGAUCAGGAAAGAUGGUUUCUUAUUGGAUCAAAGUGUCAAUACUAAGAAUGCAGUAUUUUUUAAUAUUGUAUUAUUAUUAAUUUUUUCAUUCUAAAGCAAACUUAAAGUGUUGGGAAUUUUACUGGGAUUAUCCUCUCCAUUGUACCCUUCUUCAAAUUCGCCUGACCAUUUGUCUUGUUCACACAUAAGUUGUCAAAUUCUUCUUUGCUAAAGUUGACGUCCUCAACACAUUUGUGGUGGACAUAUUGAGGUCAAAUGGACAUCCUACUGUCUUCCUGUAAAAGUUUCAUUGCGUUGUGUUGUAUAGCUUCAGGUCUAAUGGUCCUUCUAAAGUCUGUGACUCCAAUGUGUGGGUGAACCUGAUUGUUGGUGGUUGCUGUGUCAGCGUAUUUCAUUUAGCCAUUGUGAAAUUUUACAGAGCUUUUUUCUUUUCUGGUUUAUGCAGGUGUCAAACAUGCUAACGUUAACACAAUUACAGCAUAAAUGGUGUUGGCUGUUUGCAGCUGUAUCUGUUAAGGAAACACAAGCCAAAUGAUAAUUACAGUUGUAUUGUUUAUUUUUUUUUUAUAGAAAUCUUCUUGCCCUCAAACAUCCACAGAUUAGUACAACAGGUACGCCAAUUAACAUUUGUAAACAUCUGAGCUGCUAAACGCACAAAAAUACAUUUUGCACAAAAAUGCUGAAUAAAACAUUUGGUGUCAAUUUUGUACCAUAAAAGUAACACUUUUUCACACAUUUGAUUUGUACAUAGUUCCUCUUUUUUUCUCUCUCUCUCACAAAAUACACUAUUUCUGCUAAUGAGAAACACACAUGGUGUUCCUAAUGCAGUGCAGUCUUGAUUUGUGUAAACACUUGGCAAGAAAAAGAAGUUCAUUUCAGUUAGAGGGCAGUGUCUUUUAAAUGUAAUAUUUCUCUAUAUUUUUUAUUAAACUGGCUUUCUGACUUGAUUCUGGUGUAAGAAUCUAAUCUUUUUCAUGAGAAAAAUUACUGUUAAUAACUGAUUAUCUGAAGCUAAAAAGAUCAUAAAUCAUCUAUAUGUACUGUAUAUAUCGUCUAGAUCAUAAAGUUUUAAAUUGGCCUGGAAACCUUAAAAUUAUUUUAAAUUUCACUCUGUGCAGCAAAAAUAUUGAAUGCAUAGUUUUCUCAUGUUUAAUUCAGAAACAAAAGUUUGGUGUGUUCGGGGUCAGGAAAAUCACUGAUAAAAUGAGAUUAGUUUUAGAAGCCAUUAUAAAAAAAAUACAAAGCGCCAGUAAGAAGAAAGAGGGGGAAAAUAGACAAAUGUAAGUGCUUAAGACUCACAUUAAGUACAACAGAUGUUCAGUAUGGCUACAAUAGUUAAAUGUGCUCAAGGGGAAAAAACUUAAUAAACAGAGCAGGAACGAAACAAGAUAUCAUUGCUUGUAAGCUAAACAAAUACAACAAAACCAUUUUUAUCAAUUACACAGAACGAUUUCAAUUUUCAAAGAAACAAAACAAAUGACUAUUUAACAGAAUAAAAAAAGAUUGAAAAAUGUUGUUGAGUUGAGCUGAUUUUUUCCCCAAACAUGAAGCUACUUAUCGAGUAAGGGAGCAUUUAACUAAAAUAAUGGAAAAAGUUUAAAAAACAACAUUGCACACUGCACAAAAUCCAUUAUUCAAAAUGUACAAGGCAUUAAGCAACUUGAUUUGCCCUCAAUGAGAAGGCAGUUGCAUGUGCAGUGCUCACAAUUCUGAACACUGAAGGAAUGCAAAUCAAAAGUGAAAAUACUACAAAAAAACAGUGAAAUUCUACUGACAUCUCAUCACAUGUUAUUGUAUCUACAAUGAGAAGUUUUAGAACACCUCUUUAACAUUUCAUUCCUGCUAAUUCUGGUGUCAAACUAAAUUACAAAUUAGUUUCAAAAUGAAUGUGUCAGUUAAAAAGGUAUUUCUGCGAUUGCAUCAUGAGAGUGGCCUUAACAUGGCUAUAAAAGUUUGUAUGUUUGCUAUGAUCCAUGAGUACAGCCUGAAAACACUAAUUUUAUUGUAUUAAACAAGUACUCAAAAAAGUACAGAGAUGAGUAAACAAUAUAUUCCAGGAUCCAUUUUCUAGAGAAUCUGAAUAUACCAAUCCUAAACAGAUGUUAGUUUUUAUUAAACUAUGUAAAUCAUCUGGCCUGUUACCUUGAAGAAUUGUUCCAGGUUAGUUAGGUUUUCCGCGUGCUGCUAAAUCUCACACACAGUGCACAGAUCGCAAAUUUCGUCAUAGGCACAGUAGUUUGCAUCCGUUGAACGCAUCCUUAUGGGCUUACGUUCAAAAGAGUAUACUUCGAAAGGCUGUGUUACGAGAUGGAACGGCACAUGGAAAAACAAAGUCUACCCUAACCUUUAAAUACAAUUUGUGCUCUAUCAACACCAUGCCAUAAAUAAUUUAGACAAAAAAUUUGUUGACAGAAAUCCACUUACAAUGAAAGAAAUGCAUUGUAAGGGUGAAACUGUUCACACUUUUUGUUUUGACAUACUGCGAGAGGAGUCUAAACUAUUUUCUGUUGCAGAAGUUAUUGAUAGAGCUUAAGUUGUAUUUAACCCAGAACAUUUCUUUAAAUAGCUGAUGUUAUGUUUUAGUUCAUAGCUCUUUUUAGCACCAAAAGACAAGAAGUUAGCCUUUCAGAAUAGUAAAACAAAUAACAAUACUGUUGCCUAAUUUCAGGCCAAACUGUACUUCGUUUUUCCACGUGCCGCUACGCUUCGCACACAGUGCGCAAGACACAAAUUUUUGUCCUCAAAACUGUUUAUGAUCUAGCCUGUUACCUUAAAGAAUUAUUCUAGGUUAAGGCCAAAGUAUAGAUUGGUUUUCCACGUGCCACUACAUCUCGCACAGUGCGCACGCAAAAUCCGUUAUAAGCACAGUAAGCGCGAACCGUACGCGUGCAGCCCAGAUGACCUAGACUUCGACAGUCUGUGUCUUAUGCACCCGCCAUUGACUGUACUAAAAAAGUAUCGCAAAGAAUCCGUAGUGCACAUGCGUUGAACGCAUCAGUAUGGGUUUGCGGUAAAAAGAGCAUACUAUUAAAGGCUGUGCGCGAGACGGAACGGCACACGGAAAAACGUGUUGACAGAAAUCCAUUUACAAUGGAAGUCAUGCAUUGUAAUGGCGUAGCUGUUAACACGUUUUGUUUUUACAAACUGCGAGACAAGUCUAGAUUAUUUUCUGUUGCAGAUGCUAUUGAUAGAGCUUAAGUUGUACUGUAUUUAAAUCAAAACAUUUCUUUAAAUAGCUGAAGUUACGUUUUAGUUUCGUAGCUCUUUUCAGCACCAGAAGACAAUAAACUAGCCUUUCAGAAAAGUGAAACAAAUAAUGAAACUGUUGCCUAAUUAUAUUUUAUUUGCAACAGACAACAUGACUAGAAGGCACCCUGUUAGCAUGGGUGUGAGUUCGCCAUUCACGUAAACAUUUCUACUGGAUUUCACCUCACAUUAUGACACUAAUACAGAUUAUGCCGGUUUUGAAAAUUCUGUGCACGUAACGCUUUGCGAAAGUAUAAAGAUUGUGGGUAAUCAUUUACAAUUCCUGAGACCUGGAUAUAAGAUGCAUUUCCUGUUUUGGUUUUAUCAAUAUGUUUUAUUUAUUUUUUAUUUCCCUUUCUAUUAUUAUCAUUGCACUUGAAGUGAUCCUACAGGGAACUCAGUUUCUGCUUUGUUAAAGAGUGUCAGCAUUUAAGCUUCAUUCCAGUUUUGAAUCUAAUGUACGUCAGUUGUAGAUCAUGGCUUGUGUUUGUUUAAGAGAUACUCUUAGAGGUAGGGUUAUAUAUUGUGCAACAUUUGGACAUUAAUUUUCUAUAUUGGUUUAUAAGUGGAGACGUAACAUUGCACAAAAGAAACUUUCCACAAUAGAACAAACUGAAAACUGCACUGAGAUCAGAUCCAAUGGCUGCGCAAUUUGGUACAGACAUUUAGCAAUGUUUUUAGAAAAGCAGAUAUGUGCAGGAAUGGGUUGAAGCAUUUGGCUU